AUGAACUCUCACGACCGCCAUGGAAAGAAAGAUGCCGCCGCCGCCGCCGCCAAUAAUGUUACCAAUGGGGCGUUGAAAGUGAGCAGAGAGUCGCAUUUCAUAAAAAAAUCGUCGGCGGCGGCGGCCUCGUCUCUCGGCGUUUCCGGCACGGUGAAGCCGCCGCCGCAGCAGCAGCGGCACCCGGUGAUCAUAUACACGCACUCUCCCAAAGUCAUCCACACGCACCCUAAAGAUUUCAUGGCGUUGGUGCAGAAACUCACGGGGCUGUCGCGAAACGAAGAAGAUCAUCAUCACCAUCAAAAUCAUCAGAGCGCCGCCCAAAACAAUGUGGCGGCGUCUCAUCAGCCCAAGGCGGAGGCGUCGGCGGAAGAAGACAGCAAGAGGAUCAUCAACAACAAUAACAACGAUGACAACGACUCGUCGUCGGUUAUAACCGAUGAAAACAGCGAAGGACAAGUGAAUUCUUGUUUCGUUCCGCCGUUGUUUGAUCCACCGGCGGCGGCUCCGUUUUUAACAAAUAUUCCGAUUUUUACGCCGAAUUCCGCCGAUUUUCUCUGCGUCAAUCAUCAUCAGCCGUUUUAUAAUUACACCGAUUCUUUGUUUUUUACACCAAACAUGAGAAGCUCCAUUUCUUCUUCUUCUUCAGGAUUGGAAGGGAUGAAUGAGUUUCGCGAUUAUUAAUUUUUUUUUUA